AUGCCGCGCCAACAUUCCGCCACGAAAGCCAAGAAACAAGUGACCACCACCCGCCCGGACGGGGUGCCCCAGCGGCGGCACAGCGAGUGUGUGAACGAUGUGCAGAGCAUUAUCCAUCACCAUAACGUUCCCACGGAUCGCGACAAGGAGGCGGAUGACGACAUGCUCUGCAGUCCAGGGAGUGCGCGGUCGCUCAGUUUUGCAGACGUCGUGGUCAAGCACUCUUAA